ACACUUACAGUCCCAACGGCAAUUAAUAAUAUUAUUAUAAGUGAAUAUGAUUUGUGACAUUGUUUGAAAGAGGAAUCUAAAUUGAGGGAUUUUUUCAUAAUACUUUCGAAUACAUAAGUUUUACAAAAAAUGGGUAAUAAUAUCGAAGAUGAUGUGAUUGAUCUUACAUCUUCUUUUACAUUAGUCGAUCAACGUGGUUUAGCGAACGUUAUAAUUGAUCUCGUCAGUGAAGAUUCUUUCAAUUCAUCUUUGCAGACUAAAUGCGUUGCAAAGAAACAUUCACAAGCAUUAACAGCUUGUAUCGAAAAGAAUUCUAGUGGAUCACAAAAGAAAGAAGAACCAAGAAUCUUAAAAAAAUUUGGCGAUUGUCCUAUUUGUAUGGAAGAGCUUGGCAAAUGCCCAAUGUCUUCCACAAAUUGUGGUCACGUAUUCUGCAGUAACUGUUUGGAACAAUCACUAAAAUUUGAAAAACGAUGUCCUACUUGUCGAAAAUAUCUUAAAGGAAAAUUGGCAUAUCAUCCUUUAUACUUAAGUAGUGAUUAAUUUUUU